UUAAUGAUUGACAUCACUUGGUACAUGUUGGCCGUAGUCAUGGUCAUGGCUGUCAUGCUUAUAAAGCAGGAGGACAAUUCAUCCUCAAGCUGUCUUCCACCUCCAUUGUUGAAGCUUCCAAUUUCUUUUAAGGUAUAAAAGGGGAGAAGAAAUUCUGAAUCUAACAUUCAUCAUCUGAAUCCUUCUCCUCUCCAAUACUAAUUCAUGGCAAUUUCUGCAAAUCUUUCCAAUUAUGGUACCCUUCCAACUUCUACCCCACCAGAAUCACCACAAACCACCCCUCAUUCCGCCAGAAAACCACCUCGUCCACCGUUACCACGACCACCACAACCACAGCCGCCGCGUCCAUCGACGGUCACUAGAUCCGACACGGCUACACGUCGUUCAUGGCGUGUGUUUUUUGACUACACCAUUAUCUCUCUUCCGUAUAACUAUUCUGAAGCGAUUAUUCGGGUGAGGAGGAACCUUAAUUAUUUCCGUGUCAAUUACGCUAUGGUAAUCCUUGUUAUUCUAUUCCUCAGCCUUGUUUACCACCCUAUCUCUAUGAUUGUCUUUUUGGCUAUUUCUGUAGCUUGGUUGUACUAUUUCCGUGAAGAAGCGAUUGUAAUUUCGGGAACCCAAUUGGAUGAUCGGCUUGUUUUGGUUGGGUUAGGGUUGGUUACUGUUGUUGCCUUGGCGCUUACUCAUGUGGGUCUCAAUGUUUUGGUUGCUUUGAUUAUUGGGUUUUUCGUUUUGGGAAUUCAUGGGGCGUUAAGGGGAACUGAGGAUUUGUUUUUGGAUGAGAAUGAGGCUGCGGAAGGUGGGUUGCUUUCGGUUGUCAGUGAGGAACAAAUCAGGCCUAGUUAUAGGUAGUGGAUUUUGAUUUGUUGCAGUUUCAAAUUAUAUGGGAAAUUUGAAAGAACAGAUUUUGUUAAUUGUUCUUGGAUUACAUUGGGCGAAAUGCGGGUACUGGAGAUCUUUUGUUGAUAAUUUGGCUUAUUUCUGGUGCUGAGUUUGGGUGAAGUAGUGGUUGGAAAGUGUAAUGUGUGAAGGAACAUUUCUAAUUUUAGAGCAGAUUUGUUGCUUGGAGGUGUCUGUCUGCCUAAAGAUCGUUAAAGGUGAUUCUUUUUGCCUCAACCCUGUUUUCGAGUUUAAGUAGGAUAGGGGCUAUGAAUUCGGAUUGUUACUUUGUUUUGAUUAUGAUACAAAUGAGGGUCGAUCAAAGUGCUGCCACUGUACUCAAGUAAAAAUUUGGCUAGUUUUUGCUGAAUCUAUGUAUUCAUUAUCAUUAAGUAAUCUUUAGGUCAGUUUGUACAAUUUUUUAUUGCCUAUCCGAAAGAAAAAGAGUCACAUUUCUUCAUU